AUGAGAAUCUCUGUCUUCGUUGCGGCUGGCUUCGCCGUUGCGACCGCGGCUCGACCUCUGGGUGAUGCUAUUACCUCCAUCAUAACCUUAUCUGGACUCCCUGGAACGGGUCAAAUCGGUAACCCAGGUCAGCAAGAAGCACCACCACCACCGCUGGUCGAGCUAUCUCCAGACCAGCCCGUUUUUCCAACAGGCGCCCUUGGUCCACAACAAACAGGCGCCAUUGCUACAGGAAUCAUUCCUAUGGGAACUGCCGCCAUCGUACCCAGCGCCACAGCUACCGGCCAGACCGCCUCGGGGGAUCCCUUGACAUUCCACUUUCCCGCUCUAAAGGCCGCCCACUAA